AUGAGAUCCUACCUUCUCUGGAGCUUCAUCGCUCUCACAGGCAUCAGUAAUACCACCAAGCAAGAACCCCUACAACGCCAACCAACACAGUACUCAACACCAGAUCUCACCAGAAUGAUAUCCUCAUCCCCCCUCCUAACAUUCUAUAAAAACAUCGUCGAGAUCCCCUCAAUUACCGGAUCUGAGUCCCCAGUCGGGGAAUACAUAAUAAAAUUCCUCACCUCCCAAAACCUCACAGUCGAAAAACAACUCAUCACGUCAUCCCAGAAAGAAAGAUUCAACAUCUACGCCUACACGGGCACGAAUAGAUUCCCAGAUAUCCUCUUAACAAGCCACAUGGACACCGUCCCUCCAUACAUAAACUACUCUCUCCAUGCACCCACUCCAUCCAGAGAAGACCUAAUGAUCGCGGGAAUAGGCACCGCAGACGCAAAAGGUAGCGUCGCCGCAAUAGUCUUCGCAGCACUAGAAACAAUCCAGCAAGACCCCUCCGCAUCCCUCGGAUUAUUAUUCGACGUGGGCGAAGAGAAAUCCGGCAUAGGAAUGAAAUUCUUCUCUGAUUCAGACCUGAAUCCCGAUCUAGCAAGCUACCACACUGUCAUUUUUGGGAACCUACUGAGCAGAGCUGCGCAUUCGGGGUAUCCGGAGUUAGGCCGGAGUGCUAUCUCGGCCAUCUUACCUGUUCUGCAAUAUCUGGAUAAUCUACAGAAUAUCCAGCCUGGGGAUGGUGGACUUUUGCGGAGUGAGAAGUUUAAUCGCUCGACGUUGAAUAUUGGUGUCCUUAGUGGUGGGCAAGCAGCGAAUCUUGUUCCUGCGUAUGCUGAAGCGAGUAUUUCUGUUAGACUUGCGGCUGGGACGCCGGAUGAUACGAGGGAGAUUAUUUUGAAGGCUGUUGAGGCUGUUACGGGGGGUGAGGGGGGUGUUGUUGUUGAUUUUGGGGAGAGGGGUGGGGCGGCGCCUCAGGUUCUUGACGUUGUGGAGGGGUUUGAGGUUGUGGCGGUUAAUUACGGGACUGAUGUUCCUUCUUUGGUUAUUCACGGUGAUAAGAAGGUCAAGAGGUUUUUGUAUGGACCAGGGAGUAUUCUUGUGGCUCAUGGGGAUGAUGAGGCUAUUACUAUUGGAGAGUUGGAACGGGCUGUGGAGGGGUAUAAGCGGUUGAUUGACUCGGCUUUGUAG